UCGUGUUUACAGAUGUCAUAUUUGGGUAUUAUUGAAAUACGUUGAGAAGCAAUGUGUGGCACCCAAAAGCGCCAGAUAGGGAAAAGCAGACAGCGUCCCUACAAACUAGUUCAUCAGGUUGUUUGUUUGACGGGUCUCAAUUUCCAACGACGCAGUAUUAUUGGAUGCGUCGAAUUAACAUUGGAAUGUGUCAAGCCGUAUCGAUUCAUAUGCCUGAAUGCGAAGCAAUGUCGCAUAUACAAAGUUUGCAUCAACGACACGAUCGAGGCGCAGUUCCAGUAUUUCGAUCCCUUCUUGGAGAUUUGCGACGGGGAUGAUUAUCCGCGCUCCUCGGAGUACUUGAAAAUAAAGCACGAAGAAGUUGCCCAUGACGUGGAUGCUGACGUCGUGAAGGGAGAAGUUUUCAUUCCAAUCCCACCAUCUGCGACGUCUUUAAUUUCCCCGACAGCUGCUCCAAUCCGAGUGACCGUCGAAUUUUCGUUUGAACAACCUCAAGGCGGGAUUCAAUUUGUUGUGCCGGAAUGCGAAGGGACUUUGGUUGAGCGAGCUGCACACAUGUUCACGUACACGCAUUGGAACUCGGCCCGAUUGUGGUUCCCGUGUAUCGAUACUUUUUCGUCACCGUGCACUUGGAAGUUGGAGUUCACCGUCGACGAUGGGAUGGUGGCAGUUUCGAACGGGGAUUUAUUGGAGACUGUGUACACGCCGGACAUGAGGCGGAAAACGUACCAUUAUUCUUUAGACGUUCCGACUUCCGCUCCGAAUAUCUCGUUAGCUGUCGGACCUUUUGAAAUCUACGUUGAUCCUAACAUCCCUGAAGUGACUCAUUUCUGCUUGCCGCAUUUAAAGCCCUUGUUGAAGUUUGUCGCUAGAUUUCUGCCCGCUAUAUUUGAGUUUUAUGAGGACGUGCUAGGAACGCCUUAUCCGUACGCAGGUUUUAAGCAAGUUUUUGUGGAUCAAGCAUAUGCGGAUGUCAUGCCGUAUGCGACGAUGGCUAUUUUCAGUACAAGUUUGUUGCACACGUCGGCCAUCAUUGACCAGACUUACGAAACCCGCAAAGUGUUGAGCAUUGCCAUCGCUCAUCAGUUUUUCGGCUCAUUCAUUGCGAUCGAUCAAUGGGCCGAUUCUUGGGUUACGUACGGAAUCGCGAAUUACCUUCACGGCCUUUACAUUCGCAAAACAUUCGGCAACAACGUCUACCGCAGGAUGAUCCAAACCCAGCUGCAAGAAGUUGUCAAGUACGAAGAACAAUUCGGGGGAGUAGCGUUGGAUCGUAGGGUUAUUUCCCUCGUCGGGGACGUGGUCAAAGUUGAAGCCGCGGAAACGGAGGACAAUUUCUAUUUCGGCACUCAUUAUGCGGCCACGACUUCUCCGUUGUAUUCCGAGAUUUUUGUGAAGAAAGCCCACUUGGCGGUGCGAAUGCUGGAGCAUCGCAUUGGCCAAGUGUUAUUGAUUCAAGUGUUCAAUAAGCAGCUCGCGUUAGCGACGAAGCGAGAAGAGGCUGCGACGAAGCUUAGUGCGCAAGCGUUUGUGAGAGCGAUUUAUACGGUUACUGGGAAGGACGUGACGACCUUUUUGGAGCAAUGGGUUCGGCAAGGCGGACACGCGAGGUUCAGGGGUUCGUUUGUUUUCAACCGGAAGAGAAAUACGGUCGAGUUGGAAGUGAGACAGGAAGCUGUGAGUGCAAGAGGCACAAUGAAGUACGUCGGGCCGCUUACGGUAGCUGUUCAGGAGCUGGACGGAACAUUCAAACAUACACUCCAAAUUGAAGGAACCGUGGCUAAAACUGACAUCACGUGCCAUUCAAAAUCCAGAAGGCAUAAGAAGAAAAAAAUCCCCUUGUGCACCGGAGAAGAAGUAGACAUGGAUUUGAGUGCUAUGGAUGCAGAGUCUCCGGUUCUGUGGAUCCGUUUGGACCCGGAAAUGACAGUGAUGCGUAGAGUUGACAUGGAACAGCCGGAUUACAUGUGGCAGUAUGAGAUGAGGUACGAGCGUGAUGUGACAGCGCAGAUAGAAUCCAUCGAAUAUCUCGAGAAGUUCCCAACAACUCCGACCAAACAAGCGCUCAAUGACAUAAUUGAGAACGAUCAGUGUUACAUCGAAGUUCGCGAGCAGGCUGGUUAUUGUCUCGCUCGUGUGGCGAAUAAAAUGGCACCUAGCUGGGUGGGACCUCCUGCCAUGUUGGCAAUUUUCCGAAAAUUUUUCGGCUGUAAACAAGGAUCACACAUCGUGCGUCAAAAUGACUUCGCUUCGCUGCAGCAUUAUUACCUGCAAAAGGCAAUGCCAAAAGCGAUAGGCGCGUUGAGGAACGCCCAAGGAAAGUGUCCCAGCGAAGUUUUGAAGUUUUUGCUGGAUUUAUUCAAGUACAACGAUAAUUCGAAGAAUAAAUUUUCUGACAAUUAUUAUCGUGCCGCGUUGGUUGAUGCGUUGGAGGAAACAAUCACUCCUGCUUCAGUGACCGGUGAGAAAAGUGGAGACAUCAAGCUGGUAAUCGACGAAAUUGUGCAGCAACUCAACCUGGAGAAAUUACUGCCGUGUUACAAACAAACUGUGACGGUGUCGUGUUUACGAGCCAUCAGGAAGUUGCAGCGAUGCGGUCAUCUUCGCUCAGAGCCAAGUUUCUUUCGAAGUUAUGCUGCACCUGGUCAAUUCAUAGACGUCAGACUUGCCGCACUGGAAUGUUUGGUGGAUCAUUUGAAACUGAGUGGUUCGUCGGAAGAUUUUAGUCAUUUGCUGGACAUCGUAACGAGUGAUGCUGAACCAGCGAUUCGACACGCGUUGGUGCGAAUGCUCGUGGACAAACCACCAUUUUCGCCAUUUUCGAAGGCACAACAGCAUCUGAAUACCCCGGAAUUGGCUGAAAGGCUUUGGAAUCUUAUCAAUACGGGAAUGAGCUUCGAUUCGAGGCUCAGAUGCGACUUGGUGGAUUUGUAUUAUGGUCUGUAUGGUUCUUCCGAACCUGACGUCUUCAAACUCCUGUCCAGAGAUCCAGUUCAUGCGAAAGACGAGUCUGACUUGGAUUCAUCGCAAAAAAGUUUCAAAGAAGAACUCUCCGAUGAAGAUAUUAAGGCAGACAUCAAACCGGAUAUCGGUUCGAUUUCUCCCGCUUCAUCUAUAUCCCUUCGAUCGUCUCGAAGCCGUUCAUUAUCUCCGAACCGGGUUCGCUCCCCGUCAGAAGUACCCAUCAAAAUAGAACCAGAAUCGCCAAAUACGCGUUCUCGAUCCCCCUCGCCGUCGAGGGACAUUUCGGAUGCGGACACGGAUUUUUCUGAUGACUUCCCUGUUAAGAAAGAAUCUUUGUCGGAUGAGAGUUCCGCCUCUGACGAAACCGUGGAACGGAAGAAGCAUAAACACAGAAAGCGACAUCGACAUCGUAGUUCGUCCAGACAACAUAAACAUAAGUCAAAGAAAAGAAAGAAAGAGAAAAAGAAGAAGCAUAAACACAAGAAGAAACACGAAAAGCACGAAAGGAAGCCUACGAUGGAAUCUUCUCCUCCAUUGAGUUCCUCCGAGAAACAAUGGCUGAAUGCGUUUAUGGCCACAUACUGCGACUUUUUAUCGAAUUAUUUCUACGUUGUGAUCAUCUCUUCAAUUGUCGUCACCUCCGCAAUGACAGCCCUUGCAGUUGUUUACGGCCCUUCAAUUGACUUCUCUUCACCAGACGCAGGGUUUGAAACGAGAAGAACUCCGCUGUCGAAACGAGUUCAAACUUGGCGAAAUUUGGAAGAAGCUCUGAAGAAAGGAAGACACCUCAGCUUUCUUCCUCAAAACGUAACCAGAAUCUCCAAACGUGACGUUGAUCAGCAGUAUUCUUGCGGUGAUUUGGGCCCGGAUUUUGCCCGAGUUGUUGUCUCUUCAAAGAAUCUCUUCACUGUGUCGGCUUUAAAAGAAAUCUGUGAACUGGAAAGUUUCAUUGCUUCAGGCAUUGGCUACAAGCAGCUGUGUUUGUACGCAUCCGAAACGCGGUGUUGCCCGACGUGGUCUCUCAGUCGUGUGGUUUCUGAACUGCGUUCUGUGAACUGUCGCAACAUAACGGAACGCGAUGUUGCAUUUGUGAAAGACCUUCUUACUACUUGUCUUAGCUAUUAUGAAUCUGGGAAACUCGCCGUUUGUACAAGAAGUGCCUGUCAAGACGUGCCAGAGUCUUGCAAAAAUAGUGCCGUGUUCAAUAUGUUUUACUACUUGAUGGAUUCCAAAUUUUUGAGGAAAUCCUCGGAACUGCAACAUUCCGCUGUGUUCCUACCCGUGGCUUCCAGCACUGGCACCUCGGAUGUGUUUUUCGAAUCUCUUGAAAAUGCGCCUACGUUUCAGAACUUCGAAGUAACCGGAGUCGAGAUGGGGCUGAAGUGGUGGCUUUUCGAGUACUAUUUGAUCCGAGACACGCUUUUCUGCGUUUCCGGAGCUAUAGUUGCCUUGUUUUGUUGUCUGUGGAUCUAUUCGGAAUCCUUUUGCCUUAGUUUUGCAACGAUGACUUCCGGUGUGAUGUCUCUGGCAAUCGCGUAUUUUUUCUACGUAAUCGUGUUCGACAUCCGGUUCUUCCCGUACAUCAAUUUGAUGGCGAUCGCGUUGGCGAUUGCCGUUGUUGCUGAUGACUCUUUUAUUGUUUGGGCUGCUUGGAAAAGCGCAGAAGAUGUUCGAGAGGCUUUGGAGCACAGUUGGAUGCCGUGUACUGUCACCUCGUUGACAACAGCAGUGGCUCUGUAUUCUUCUUACGUCUCCUCAAUCACCGCAGUGAAGUGCUUCAGCAUUUUUGGUGGCACAGCAGUGCUGGUGAACUUGUUUCUGACACUGACCUGGAUACCUGCUUGGCUGAUUGCCUAUGAGAAGUUUUUCCAGAAGAAAGCAACCAGUUGUUGCUUCCGAGAUGUGUUCACGCGAGCUAUCGAGCAUUUCUUCAAACAAAUUCUGAAAGCGGUGUUGAUACCGUUGAAAUUCGUGUGGAUCGGAGUCUUCGGAGGUCUAGCCGUGAUCAGCGUAGUAUUGGUGACGUAUUGGCCGGGUUUGAAACUUCCUCACAGCAACGAAGUCCAGCUGUUCGACAUGAAGCAUCCUUUUGAGCAUUAUGUGUUCAUUUUGAAGAAGCAGUUUGAUUUCGAAGAAGACGAAGAAAAGUUCAAUGCUGCGAUGCCCAUGAGGUUCGUUUUCGGCGUGGAAGCCGUUGAUGUAGGAAAUCCUCUCAAUCCUGAUGACUGGGGAAAAGGAAUGAUGUCGUUGACGACGAAUUUCAACAUUUCCUCUCCUGAGGCCCAAGUUUUCAUGUUGGACUUCUGCCAGGAACUUCGACAACAGGGGUUCUACUUGGACACCCCAGGGGCAAUGAUUUCAAAUUGCUUUGUGGAAAGCUUCAAAAAUUACUUCAUGGCCCGAGAUUGCAUUGAUACAAUUGAAAGAGUGAAUUUAUGGCCGUGUUGUCAAGAUUCGCGCUUUCCCUACAAACCCAAGGUGUUCGAAAACUGUGCCUUGGAAGGAAUUGCUUCCUUGAGAGAAACUAUGGAAAAAUUCGAGAACCCGACUGAUCUGGAGUUCUACGAUUUACAAAACAGUCUCUCGUCGGAUACAUUCGCAACAAUCGGAACUGACAUGGGAUUAGCAUUUCUUAUCCUUGUGGCUGUCAGCAGAAGUGUCGUCGUCACGUUUUUUGCGAUUAUCACUGUCGGAAGCGUAAUUUUCACAACUGUCGCAGUACUGACGCUAUUUGGAUGGACCUUGAACAUUCUGGAGAGUUGCGUGAUUGCUUUAGCGAUUGGACUAGCUGUGGACUUCACGUUACACUACGGACUCGCUUUCAAGAUGUCGGUUGGGGAGCGAGCGGGGGAGGCGUUGAGUGCAGUGGGAGCACCCGUGGCCAUGGGCGCAGUGACCACGUUUCUGGCUGGGGUGACGUUGUUACCCUCACGAGUCCUGGCGCAUGUUCAGAUCGGGAUAUUCCUCAUUGUCCUGAUGACUGUUUCCUGGGCUAUGUCAACAUUUUUGUUCGUUCCUUUGUUGGCAUUGUGUGAGUGUAACGAUGAGAAGAAGGACGUGGUGCGUAGUGAGGAGGUGGAGUUGACUGUGCGUCCUGCUAUUGUGCCGCAAUGCCAUGAGAUUCUUGGGAAGACUACUUAUGUAUGA